AUGCUCGCCUACCUCCUCCACGCGCCCGCCGCCGCCGCCGCGCCCAGCCCGCUCGCCCUCCGCGGGCCGCCGGCCGCCGCGUCCAAGACCCCCUUCCUCCCGCCCUCCGUCGCCCGCCCGCACAGGCGCGCCGCCGCGGCGGGCGCCUUCUCCGCCGCCGCCGUGGGCCCCAUCGCGGCCUCGCUCCUCGAGGGCCCCGUGCUGCUCUGGGCCGGCCGCCUCUGUGUCUACUACGCGCUCAUCCACAUCGGCCUCGCGGGAUCCCCGCGCAGCCCCUUCCUCUCCCACGAGAUUCGAGGCGAGGACGGCGCCGGGGAGAGCGACCUAGGGUUCUCCAAGUGGGCCGACAAGCUCCGUGGCGGCGCACCAGGGGACAAAGAAGGCCAGGAUAAGUGGAAGCUAGUCAGCAAAUGGAAACCCACAACCAAAGGCACACUAAAGAGGAUGUACCGAGUUCCUUCAAAGGAAGAAGGUCGCCGAAUUCUUAAAGAAAUUGCUUUGGUUCUAUCUGAAGAUGACAAUUUUGUGGAUGCUUCCACUCACAAGGGUUGUCAAAUCAGGAGGGAAAGCGCGCAUGGAGAGAGUGUAUGUUGCUACAAUGUAAGAGCCUUGUUUGAUGAGCUCCCUGGCCCUCACCUAGUUCUGGAGAUUACACCUUUUCCUGUUGGAACCCUCACUGAGAAUGACUACCGCAAGGCCGAGAGGCUUGAAAUGGUGCUGAGGAUGAGUGCCUCCCUUUAA